ACGUCAAUACGUCACGUCUGGAAGUAGCCAGCCAAAGAGGGAGUAGUCCACUGUUCAGGCGACCGAAGCUUUUGAAUUUAGCUAGGUACUACCACUAAUAUUAACCUUGUACUAACUUACUAGCUGCUGUAGGCUAUUAUCAACUAAACUAGAUCAACAAUGUCAUUGGCAGACGAUGUCGGAUGGACAUGGUCCCCGGAGGAGACAAAGGCGCUGAUCUCCGUAUGGUCAAACGAACAGAUUCUUCUGAAGAUGGAGCAAACGUACAGAAACAAACAUGUUUACAGCGAAAUUUCGGAGCGGCUAAAGGACCUUGGUGUCAAACGGACGUGGAAGCAGUGUCAAAACAAGAUGAAGGCAUUGAAGUGGAGAUACAGAGAAACACUGAGGAACCCAAGCAGCAGCCGACCGUGUCCAUUCUUUUCUGAACUGCACGAAUUUCUCGCCGCCAUGCCUGACAUGCCUGAGUCUAAGGAAACUGACGACGAGGAAGAUAAUAGUCGUCCUCUUCCUCUGUCGUCUCUGCGUCUUCUGGUUCCUCCACUGCGGCUGGUGUCCGCAGCUCUAUGGCAAGUUGUUCAGCGCAGAGACACAAUGGACUACGGGUUGGUGGAGGAGUUUGUGACCACUGUGUUGGAGAUAACGCCCGAUCUGAUGAGUUACAGAGAGAAAGUCCAGCUCAUCAUGGGGCUGCGAGCACAGCUGGUUCUGGAGUUGUGUCGCUCUGAUCAUUCAGCCGACCCGGAGACCAUCCAGCCACACCUGAGCAGGAUGAGGACCUGCAUCAUCACUCAUAGAGAAAAGGAGAUAGAUACAGAGGUGGAGGCAUCAGAGUCAAACUUCUUGGAACUUGUCCAAACUCUUCUCGAUGACCCACUUGAGAGGGAACACUUCUUCCAGGAAGUUUUUCCAGAAGAAUUUGGCCCCGUGUAUGACACGGCACUGCAGACUCUGAUGUGGGAGUUCCUCUCCAGGCUGGAGAAACUGCUCCCAACACCAACAUUUCAACAGACUGCAUCCUGGCUGAGACCUGCCCCCUCUAUGCUGAACGAGUGUGCACAGUCUGUGACUCAACCUCAGCCUUUGAAGACUCUCCUCCAGCACCACAGAUGCCAUGGCCAUUUGUUCGCUAAUGGUCAUUCAUCUUGUGCUGAUGAUCGCAUCCUCUCUUCACUGUCUCACUCGUUCUCAGAGAGGGUGGAAAUGGACAUUGAUGAAGCACGCUCACAUAGCCAGUCUGUAGCCACAUGCGCACCCAGAAAAGAGAGGGACACUUUGAUAGAGCAAGAUAAUGCAGAGAAGGAGCUGGGGAUGAGUUUGGACACGGUUAACAAGGCAGUGGAAAUGACGGAUAGAAGGAACGAAGAAUGGGGAGAGAAGAACUAUGAGGAGAGACUGCAACAUCAGUUGGCUUAUAAUGUUUUACAGGUCGAGAUUGUAGAUGGAGAAGACGUGUCCUCAACGUCAUCAAUGACAGCAGACGACGUCGGAUGGACCUGCUGGACCCCUGAUGAGACAACGGCGCUUAUCUCUGUAUGGUCGGAUGAACAGAUCCUUCAUAAGAUGGAGGAAAGCUAUAGAAAAAGACAUGUUUACAGUGAGAUAUCGGAGUGUUUAAAGGAGCUUGGUGUCAAAAAGACGACGAAGCAGUGUCACAAUAAGAUUAAAGCCUUGAAGUGGAGAUACAGAGAAACACUGAGGAACCCAAGCAGCCGACCGUGUCCAUUCUUUUCUCAACUGCACAAAUUUCUCGCCGCCACGCCUGACAUGCCCGGUUCCAAGGAAACUGUCAAGGUUUCCGAUGAAGUCGUGUCUUUGAAUCAGGAUGAAGGGCCUGCGGAUGUCGAGUCGGAGCAUCUAAAUGAGGGAAUGGUUUCUAGAAAAGGGAAAGACAAGGCCCUCACCAAAAAGCAAACCGAAGAGGGAAAGAGGGAUGAAGCUUUUUGCAGCCCUCAAAGUGACAGCAAGAUGAAAAUCCCCCCCAGGAAACUUUGUCGCAAACAGAUGGUUGAAGAUAUGUCCUCAACAACAUUGGUAGACAAUGAUACACGGACCUGGACCCUGGAGGGGACGAAAGCACUGAUCUCCGUGUGGUCAAACAAACAGGUUCUUCAGAUGAUGGAGCAGAGUUACCGAAAGAAACAUGCGUACUGUGAAGUUUCAGAGCGGCUAAAGAACAUCGGCAUCAAAAGGACGUGGAAGCAGUGCCAAUCCAAGAUGAAGCACAUGAAGCACAGCUACAGACAAGCACUGAGGAACCCAAGCAGUAGUGGCCGAGCGACCUGUCCGUUCUUUUCUGAACUGCACACAUUUCUCGCCGCCAUGCCCGAUAUGCCUGGUUCCAAGGAAACUGUCAAGGUUUCCGAUGAAGUCAUGUCUUCAGAUCAGGAUGAAGGGCCUUCUGUGGAUGUCGAGUCGGAGCAUCUAAAUGAGGAAAUGGUUUCUAGAAAGGGGAAAGACGAGACGCCCACCAGAGAGCAAAUGGAAGAGAGAAAGAGGGAUGAAAGUGACAGCCGAAUGAAUAUUGGAAGAAAACGGGCAGUUGAAGAUGUGUCUGAUAUGGAACUUCAGCCCGUAAUGCCGCGAGCCCAAGUUGAUGACAACGGUCUUGUGACAGGUGGUGAUCCUCGUCCUGUUUCCCAUACCACAGGGCAGUCUUCUAAAAGAAGCAAACGUGCCAAAAUAUGCUCCUUAUGUGGGAAGAGUUUUGUUGAAGCAAAGGAUUUGACGACACACAUGAGAACUCACACUGAGCAGAGCCCUCACCAGUGCACGCAGUGUGGGGAAGGCUUUGAACAUCCGGAUGACUUACAAACACAUUGUCAGAAUGAUUGUGAGGAGAUGAUGAAACAGGAGGUCAAUGAACACCAGCAUGGAAAGGACAGGAUCUCAGGAGAGUCCAGUAAUGCAAGUACUGAUCCAAAAACAUGCCAUCUAUGCCAUGAGACUUUUCAAUUGCAGUAUAUGUUGAGAAGGCAUCUUAUUGUGUUUCACAAAGGCAGAAGACUUUUUAAGUGUCCUCUUUGUCUGAAGGGUUUUGCCUUCCUCAGUGCUUUGAAGAAACACCAGAGUAACAAAAGAGGUUGUCCUACAAGCGACGCCGUCAAAAAAAGGAAGGAGUUAGGGUCAAAGAACCCUUCUGCCCGCAUAACUCCAGGACUUUCCGUAAAUGCAAAUCAUUCCAAAACGUGCCCUGUAUGCCAUGCAACUUUUUCACAAACGUCUAGUUUGAAAAGCCACUAUUUUUACCACCAUACCCCAGACAAAAGCCGCUUCAAGUGUCCCCGAUGUUUGAAGGCUUUUGUAUCCCACAGUCAAAGGAAGAGACACCAGCAGAGCAAAAGAGGUUGUCGGUUAGAGAGAAGUCACAAAAAUGGGAGUAGACCAGCAUGGUCGCUGGCUCUUAGGGAAAAGAAUAAUGAGAUUCCUCAGCCUUCCAGUACAGCAACCCAGGAACCAACAACCUCUCAAGUUCCCACCACUAUAGCACAGUCCUCUAAUAAAAAGACAAUUCCCAAAGCAUGUCCUGUAUGCCAGAAGACUUUUAAAUUUGAAGCAACCAUGGUAAGGCACAUUGCUUCUCACCAAAAGGAAAGUCUCAACAAGUGCCCUGACAUUUUGAAGUGUACCUUUUGUGAAGAGAUAUUUUCUCAGGGCAUGGACCUGAAGAGCCACUACAGUCGUACUCAUCAAUUUACGGGACCGUUCCCAUGCCCUUCUUGUCAGAAGACUUUUGUUUCAUUAACUGAGCUGCGCUUACAUCAGAGAAAUGAGUCCACUCCUUACCAAUGCUCAGUGUGCCAGCGACUAUUCCGAACACAGUAUACCCUAACUAUUCACGAGCGAAUUCACACAGGGGAGAAACCGUUCCUCUGCGCCGAGUGUGGAAAGGGUUUCCGGAGUGAAAAACUACUACAAUCACACUCUAAGAGUCAUGUUGAGGGAAAACCCCACUCUUGCUCCACUUGUGGGAAAAGGUUCCAGAGAAGAGAGCUAUUAAAACAACACAUGUUACAUCACAAAGAUGCCGCUUUCAUCUGCCCAGACUGUGGGAAGAAGUUUUUUCAGUUGGUAUGGUUAAGAAGGCAUAUGUUAAUCCACACUGGCGAGAGACCGUUCCUCUGUGAUCUCUGCGGGAAGGGUUUCAAAUCUACAGCUGAAUUGAGGAUACACACCCGGACACACACUGGAGAACGGCCAUUCAAGUGCCAAGAAUGUGGAAAAGGUUGUAGGCAGAAGAGUGAGCUGCAGGAGCAUCUACGGAGACACACAGGGGAGAGGCCGUAUCCGUGCCCCGUAUGCGAUAAACGCUUUUAUGUCAGCAAAGAUAGAAAACGACAUAUGCUCAUCCAUACUGGAGAGAAGCCGUUCAAAUGUCAAGCAUGUGGCCUGGCUUUCAACCGUAGAACACUUUUGAGGGUACACCAAAAAAACAAGUUGUGUUUAUAUAGCCAUACAAGUCCCCUACAUUAUACACCCCUACAUUACACAUCAUUGUAAUGUUGGGGAUUUGUGGUCCUCGAUCAGUGUUUGGAUUCAUGAAAGUAAUCUGCUCCUUACAUUUGAGAAUAGUAAUUGUUACGUUACAUAUUACUCGUUAUCAUAUGAGCGAAGCCCCACCCGAGGCGCUUUGCUCAGUGCUGAAUCCUUCAUUCACAAUUGGCAAUUGAUAGCCUAAUAUUGUCACCCAUCAGGCUAUUGAAUUUAAUCUGUUUUUUAGGCUACAUCUAUUAUAUGUGUGAAAUUAGUUUCCAUCUGCCAUUAGUCAACUGUUGGGUGAAGGAAGGGCAGUGGGGGCAAACUAAGUCCUCCUAAGCAAGGCUAACGAAAUUCAGUGUAGUCCGAAAUGAUUGACACCCUUGAUAAAGAUGAGCAAAAAUGACAAAAAUAUAUAAUUGAAAUACUGAGCUAUAUUGUAUGUUAAAAAAGAAAAAAAAAGGGAAAUAUUAUUUUAUACAAUUGCUCACAUGAGAUUUUGUUUAACAAUUCAUUUAUUUUUUAAAGGUAGGGGUCAAAAUGAAUUCCUCACGUUCAUUCCAGAUCCUUGAUAUCCUUCGUCUGCGUUUAUGGACCGCCCUCUUCAAUUCAAACCAUAGGUUUUCAAUGGGUUUAAAUUGCAAAAUGGCAUUAUACUUGGAAAGAUGGUUUAAUCUGUGGACAUUUGAGGCUUGAAGAAUGAUUGAUGGAUUGGCCACUGUGGGUGAUAAUCCAGGAUUUGCAGAAAGAGAAAAUUAGGAAUGUACAGUACGAGUCAAAAGUUUGGACAAACCUACUAAUUCAAGGGUUUUUCUUUAUUUUUACUAUUUUCUACAUUGUAAAACUAGACAUUGACAUCAACUAUGAAAUAACACAUGGAAUCAUGUAGUAACCAGCCAAGAGUGUGCAAAGCUGUCAAGGCAAAGGGUGGCUACUUUGAAGAAUCUCAAAUCUAAAAUAUAUUUAGAUUUGUUUAACACUUUUUUGGUUACUACAUGAUUCCAUAUGUUAUUUCAUAGUUUUAAUGUCAAUGUCUUGUCUUGCAAUGUAAAAAUAAAGAAAAAUCUUUGAAUGUGUAGGUGUGUCUAAACUUUUGACUGGUACUGUAUGUAUAAUUAUUUAACUACAUGUUCCGUACAUGUGAGUGAAAAUAGCUGUAUAGCUGUUAGUAGAAUUAUGGUGGUCCAUUAGUUUAGUGCAAUCAGGAGGGGUAGUAGGGGAAUAAUUUAAAGGGGAUUAGAAAUGAUGCAAAUAAUUAUUUAUAUAAUUAGGAAUUGUGUAUGUUAGAAUGGUCAUGAACCAUUUUAUGAUGGUCCAAAGAUCAGUCCUAUUGGUCAGGGAGUUUGUCAACCAUGGUUUGCCAGUACUGUGGUAAGAUAUUGUGAAGAAUUUACCUGCACUGUAUUUGUGUUAGCUAGCAAGACAGUUUUAGAGGAAUGACUCAAUCUUUUUUUAUUAACCCUAAAUAUGCCAACAUUCCAUUCAAACAAUUUAGUCAAUCCACAGCCAUACACCGUCUCAAAUCAGUUGAUAGGAUUUAAGCCGAAACCACACAGAGCGACGCCAUCGACGGUGUCAAAAUUUGCUUGUGAGAGUAGAGCGCGUCAAUUCACAUACAUUACGUAGAGUAUGCCAACUUAAUGUCGUGAGAAUCCAUAAUAAGCGGCUGUAUUUUUAUGUUCGCUUUGUAGCCCUUGUCAAUUAUUGGUGCGUUCCUUUUUUACUCACUUUAUAUGUCCUACGGGAGCCACUGUAUCGGCCUCCUGUUAUGUUGGGUCACAAGGAGAGUUGUAGUUACCCCUACUGUAUCGGUUUAUAAAGAAUUUAGCUAGUCUCAUUCUUUCUACAUAACAGUAUUCUCUCUUGGAGAGAGUUCCUUUAGUUUCCCAGCCAUAGCCUACCUAGGCUAUAUGCCUGUGUCGAAAUUAACAGGUAGGCAUAAAGUUAUUGUUUUCAAAUAUGUAUUAUUGACACUGGCAUCUAAACUUUACAUUUAACUAUAAAUGUUAAUUUCUGACAUAAUGCACAACGUCUAUUUUGUGGCCAUUUAUCUGCUCACUUUACCAGCAUUGCUUUGUGUAGACGCAAGAAAAAUAAACGUGCUUUCUAAUUUAAAGCACAUGAUGCCGUUGACGGUGUUGACGCUCGCGGCCCGUCUGUAUUCUCUCAUUCCUGCUUGUAAAAAAAUAAAAACGUUUUUCGUUUGA